CUCGGAUCCACCUCGGCUCCGGAUCCUCCAGCUUUAGGUGGCAGGCUCGCUCGAGCUCGGCUCACUCGGACUCUCUCCUCCCUUGCUCUUCCUUCCCUGGCGGCGACGACUGGGCGAGCGGCGGCGCCGUCCUGUCUUCGCCCAGCCCUUUGCCGGCGACGAGCGCAUCCUCCAGGUACCUAGGCUCUAACAGUUUGUACAAAACCUAUGGAAAGUUCUAAAUCUCCUCAAUCAUCAAAGAAGAGUCGGGUUGUCGUGCCUUCGGAUACUAAUGGCUCUCGAUUUGACAAUGAUGACUUUUCUUCUGAAAGUGCAUCAAAUCAAAUGGUCGUUUUCAACUCUGAAGCAGGAGAUAAAGAGCAAGAGGAACUGGGUGAAAACCGCUCACAGAAAUCAGGCAUAACAAGGGGGAUAUCACCAUCCAUUGGGGCAUUCACUGUCCAAUGUGCUAAAUGUUUCAAAUGGAGACUUAUUCCAACAAAACAUAAGUAUGAAGAAAUUCGUGAACACAUUAUACAGGAACCUUUUGUAUGCAAACGAGCUCGUGAGUGGAGACCCAAUGUAACAUGUAAUGACCCAGAAGAUAUAUCUCAGGAUGGCAGCAGACUUUGGGCUAUUGACAAACCCAAUAUUGCACAACCCCCUCGUGGCUGGGAGAGGCAGAUCAGGAUAAGGGGUGAAGGGGGCACCAAAUUUGCUGAUGUGUACUAUACCUCUCCUACUGGAAGGAAACUAAGGUCUCUGGUUGAAAUUGAUAGGUUCCUCCAAGAGAAUCCGGAGUAUGUUGCACAGGGUGUAACUUUAGCUCAGUUUUCAUUCCAGAUACCUAGACCUCUGCGGCAGGACUAUGUCAAAAAGAAACCGAAGUUGGUAAAUCCAAGCGAUGAAGCAAGUACAAUUAUGUCCAAGUCUUUUCAACCAGAAGAAGUGAGCCCCAUAUCCUGGGCGGUUCCUACAGCACAUGAGGGAGACGCUAGCGAAGAAGCUUCUCGCGCUGAUGAGACAAUUGGAUCAGAAGAAAUAGAGCUAACCCGGAAGAGAAAAGCAGGAAGCUCAUUGUCAGAAGAGUCAAACCAUCUCUCUGAUGAACAGAAACCAAAGUUGGAGGACGCUCAGAACGGAGACACAUCUACCUGAACAGUAUUAGUGGGCAACGUCAUAAUUCCAACUGCCCCCUUUCAUGGUUUUAUGGAGCCUCUAUUUUCAUUGCACUUGGGAGACAGUUUCUCUGUUUUGUGAGGCCACACUAGCCUUACAUGUAGUAAAACUACAGAGGCUGGCUGACCUGGAAUCCGACACUUUGGGGGCAGCAACUUAACGAAAUAUUUGUAUCAGAGUUGAGAGCCGUAUGGAACUCCUGCGGAUAAGUAUGUCUAUUACCAUGUACUUAGCUAGGAGAACCUGCUUAUGUAAGAUUAGUGUUUUUCACUAUCUUUCUUUGUGUAAGGUGAACUGUUGUAGUGACCUAGUUCUGCUGUACGUCGGAUUUAAUCUCCUGUUUUUUUUUGUUAGAUGACCAGUAGCAAUGGUGGUGAUAUGACUAUGCCAUUGCUAUUGCAUUUCUCUAAGCAUGUUUCUGUUU